CUCGGUCGGUCGCGGUCGGGUCGCCGGGCAGAGGCAGUGGUCUCGCGUCUGCGCGUUGCCAAUCCCUCGGAGGGAACCGAGCGCGGCGUUGCCGCUCGGCAGACCGGGAGCCACGAGGGAGGCCGCGGAGUGGCGCCGUCGCCAGUCAGUUUUUGCCUCGACUAGACGGUAGAUGUUCGUCGGUUGAGCCAGGUGGCCACGAUGCGCGCGCGUGUCACGUGACACGGCGAGGAACCGGCGCAACGGUGCUCCCGGAGCAGAGGGGGAAAGAGGGAAAGAGAGCGGGCUCCGCGGUCGGGGCUCCCUUCGCGCGGCCAUCGCGACCGCGAGAGAACUCGCGUUUUUGGAUUACGACGUCGGAGGCGGAACGGCGGACGGGGCGAGCGAGAGGGGGAGAGCGACCGGACGGCAGUAUGCCACCGGACGGCCGAAACGCCGCCAGCGUAACGUUCCUCGGAGAUCGCAGCGGGUAACGCCGACCUAACCCCACUUCCUGGGAGGAGAAGGAGCGGAGGAGGGGAAGAGGUCGUUGCGGACCACCACGUGGUGAGACGGCGAUCGACGAGCGCCUCGGCGCGGGAGGAGAAUGUAGCGGCGCCGGGCGGGUCGAGAGGAGGUCGAGAGGCAGUCGGGGCGGCGGUUCGGCCACGAGGACCGGCCCCAGGGAGAGGAUAUGGGAGGUCGGUCGUGCCGCAGCGGAAUCGAGAAUGACGUCGCAGGUACGAGGGAUGGGGCCGCGAGGCCUCGCGGUGGUCCUGGCGCUGCUAGCCGCCGCCGCCUGCUCCUCUGCCGGGGAUCCCAGCCUCCUGGCGGCGGGCGAGUGCCCGCUCCCGCGGGAGUGCGAGUGUUCGGCCGACGGAAGGGCCGUCUCCUGCGCGGGCCGGAGCUUCCUGGGCGUCCGGCUGCCGGGCGCGGCGAGGGAAGUCGUCCUGAAGGGCGUCCGGGCGGCGACGGUGCCGAUCGGCGCGCUCGACGGGCUCGCCGAGCUGAGGAACCUCUCGUGGACCCGCAGCGGCGUGGAGGUGCUCGAGGCCGGGGUGUUCUCCUCGACGCCGCUCCUGCGUCGCCUCGACCUAGGUGACAACCGCGUGGCCGCGCUGCCGGUCGGCCUGCUCGAGCCCCUGCGCUCUCUCGAGUGCCUGAACCUGACCGGUAACCGGCUCGCCAGCCUCCGGCAGAGCGCCUUCCUGGGCCUGGAGAGCCUGGAGGAGAUCCGCCUCGCGAGGAACCGACUCACGGUGGUGCCCUAUCAGGUGUUCGCCCCGGCGCGGGCGCUCCGGGUCCUCGACCUCAGGGAGAAUCUGCUGGUCUCCCUGCCGGACCACAGCUUCAAGCCGAACCGUAACCUGGUCGAGCUGCGGCUCUCGGUCAACCGGCUGACCAAGCUGCCGUCCCACGUGUUCUCGGGCCUCGGCCGGCUCCGCGUCCUCGAGCUGCGCGACAACGAGAUCGACGUCCUGCCGCGCGGCCUCUUCGCCGAUCUGGCCGCCCUCGAGGUCCUCGACCUCUCCGGCAACCCGGUCGCGAACCUCUCGAACGUCGCGUUCGCGGGCCUGCGGAACCUCGAGCGACUCAGCCUGCGGCGCACGCGGAUCUCGGCCAUCCCCAGGGACCUCUGGCGGCCCGUCGAGCGGCUGCGCGCCCUCGACCUCGGCGCCACCGGCCUCGAGGUCGUCCGCAACGGUGACCUCGCCGGCCUCGACCGCCUCGAGGAGCUCGUCGUGACGGACGGCCCGCUCCGGGAGAUCUCCACGCGGGCCCUGGCCCACACGCCGGCCCUGCGGAAGAUCGACCUCCGCGACAACGACCUGGCCUUCCUGCCGGCCAGCCUGGCGCGCCUGCCGCUCGUCGAGCUCCACCUGGCCGGCAACCCUUGGGCCUGCGACUGCCGCAUGUUCUGGUUCGUCAAGUGGGCCGAGGACCACGUGCGCGCCACCGCCUUCGACAGCGGCCUCCGAUGCGGCGCCGACCUCGCCGACGCCGUCGACAUGCUCUACACGCUGCGCUACCUGAACUGCACCCCGCCGAGCCUCGUCAGGGCCGGUUCGAUCGUCCGCCGGGUCAUCCUGAGCCCGGUCCUCCUCGAGUGCGAGUUCUCCGGCAACCCGGCGCCCUCUGUGACCUGGGUCACUCCGACCCUGCGGAUAUUCCACUGGAACCCGGACCCCUCCUUUCCCGACGUCUUCGUCCGGCACCCCGUCGUCCACGAGGAGGGCGACCUCCGCCCGCUCCCGGAAGACGGCCGCAUCCGGCUCCUGGAGAACGGCUCGCUCUACAUCGCCCAUCUACUCAGGCAGGACGUCGGGGUAUACGAGUGUUUCGCCAUCAAUCCCAUCGCUAACCUUUCCAGCUAUGUCACUCUCCACAUGGACCCCGUGACGUACUACCGGAUCAAGAUCCUGAGCAUCGCCGUGGGGGCCGCCAGCGCGGUCGGGUUCCUCUUGAUCACGCUCUUCGUCCAGUUCCUCCGGUAUCUCAUCGUCAGAUGCGGAUGCGUCCGCUGGUGCUCGUGCUGCAGGCGAGUCGGCGCGACCCCCCGAGCCAAGCAGAUCUACCAGAUGUUGGACAACAUCGAACAGUACAAGAGCCAACAGCUCGAGAGGCUCCGAGAAAAUUACACCCAACAGGUGCAUCGGAUAAAGGACAACUGCGCCCAGCAGGUGGAGUGGAUCCGGGACAGCUACGAGGGUCAGAUGAGGCACAUUCGCGACAUUCGGGAUUACGGGACGAGCCAUCUGACCUCGCUCCGGGACCAGUACUAUGAUCAGGUGAAGAGAGUACGAGACUAUUCGACGGGCCAGUUGAACUGGGUACGCGAGAAUUACGUCUUCCAGCGCAACAAGAUACGGAAGUUCAGCGCCCACCAGGUGCUACGUCUGCGGGAGAGCUACAAGUACCAGCAACAGACGCUGAACAAAGUCCUGGAGAACCUGCCGAACCUCUACCUCGACAACUGCCGGAGCGGAUCCUGCGGUAAGAGCGACUCGAUCGUAUUUGACCCGAAGGACACCGAUGGCUUGGACACUUACUUUAAGGCGAAGAUCAACGACCUGGUUAACGGGGUCAGCAUGGACGACGUGAACAGCGAGUACUACACGCCGACGGAGCUGUCCUCGUCGAGCCCUUGCGGAGUCGGCAUUUUGGAGGGCGUCCACAUAAAUUUCAUCGAGACCAGGCCACCGCCCGUGCCCCUGCACCCGCCGAUCUUGAUCCCCCCGAUUCGCGAAUUCGUCGACCAAUUCGGCAGCGUGACCCUAGAGGAGGGCUCCCCAGGCAGAGCGGCCUUUCGCGGGGGCAGCGCCGAGAUCCUCGCCAAGGAGCGCCGGGAAUACCCGGAGGGCUUCCGUCUCUUGGCACCGUGCACGAGCAUGCCGGAUCUACCGAACGAGACCAAGCUCUAACUCGGCGAAUCGACGGAACCGUGGACGCCUCGAGACGUCCCGAGGAUCGGUCGGCCCGGCAAGAGACGCCGCCUUCGAGGAAGAGUACCUGAAUGAACCGUGGGACGAAGUGCGCGCAUCCCCCGGAAUGCCAGGAGGAGAGUCGGACCAAGUGAAGGUGAUCGCAGGGGUAUAACGACGUGGACUCGAAGGGAUGAGGGGGGGAAAAAAAAAAUAAUGCGGACAGCUUCCAAGGACCCUUCCCUCGCGCGAGCCUUGGCGACCUUGCAACCUGUCCGCCUUUAUACGAGUAUCACGGAGCCGAGGCGGUGAAUCGCUCGGCGUCGUCCUUAACAACGUAUUCGCAAUGCCUAGCUGUCAAUUUCAACGAGGUCGAUGAUUCCUACCGGUUCUAUCUUUUUGACUCUUUCUAUCUCUCACUCUAUCUCUCUAACUCUCUCUCUAUAUAUAUAAACAACGCGCGCACGAGGGCGUCAUCGAAUCCAAUAUCGCGAAUCGUCGUCCUCGACCAGACCCCUUGUCGAUUUCGAUCACGCGAUGGAGCCUCGACCUCCCAGGGUCCUCUGAAUCGUCCCGGGAGAUCGAACGUCGUCCCGGGCACCCCUGACGAGUCGACGUUGGCCUCCGACCUGAACUUGUCACUGUAGUACCCAACUUGUUCCAAGGGAUACAAAUAUAUUUCAUUUACCCCCUGAA